ACUACACACGCGUCACCACCAACCAAUCAGAAACGUAAUAUGAGAUCAUCAGUCCAGUGUAUAGCUUCCACGUGGAACAUCGACGUCUAUUUUCGCGCCUUUGUAACACACAACAAACCUCGUCUUCCCAAAAUUCCAAAGCAGAACAAUUUUAAUUUGCGAUUCUCUGAUUCGAUCGGUGUACAAAUUCGAAUCAAAAGCGGCGGCAGAGGAUUUAUCCGCGUUGUUCGGGGACGCUGCCGGAGCGGCGAUGGAGGUUCAGGGAUCUGGAUUCCGUCGAAUUCUGCUGUUGGCGUUGUGUAUCUCCGGGAUCUGGUCCGCCUACAUCUACCAAGGCGUCCUUCAGGAGACUCUGUCCACGAAGAGAUUUGGUCCUGAUGAGAAGAGGUUCGAGCACCUAGCAUUCUUGAACUUGGCCCAAAGUGUAGUCUGCUUGAUCUGGUCUUAUAUAAUGAUCAUGCUCUGGUCAAACGCUGGUAACGGUGGAGCACCAUGGUGGACGUACUGGAGUGCUGGCAUUACUAAUACAAUUGGUCCUGCAAUGGGUAUUGAAGCCCUUAAGUAUAUUAGUUAUCCAGCUCAGGUCCUGGCGAAAUCGUCAAAAAUGAUUCCAGUUAUGCUGAUGGGAACUUUACUUUACGGAAUAAGGUACACUUUCCCUGAAUACAUUUGCAGUUUUCUCGUCGCGGGAGGAGUAUCCAUCUUUGCUCUUCUUAAGACAAGCUCAAAGACAAUUAGCAAGCUAGCACAUCCAAAUGCUCCCCUCGGCUAUGCACUUUGCUCCUUGAAUCUCGCCUUUGACGGAUUCACAAACGCCACCCAAGACUCCAUUGCCUCAAGGUACCCGAAAACCGAAGCGUGGGACAUAAUGCUGGGAAUGAACUUAUGGGGCACAAUAUACAACAUGAUCUACAUGUUUGGAUUGCCACAAGGGAUUGGAUUCGAAGCAAUCCAGUUCUGUAAGCUACAUCCAGAAGCGGCAUGGGACAUUCUUAAGUAUUGUCUAUGCGGUGCCGUGGGACAAAACUUCAUCUUCAUGACAAUAAGUAACUUCGGGUCGCUAGCUAACACGACCAUAACAACGACCAGGAAGUUUGUUAGCAUCGUUGUAUCAUCAGUAAUGAGCGGAAAUCCAUUGUCGUCAAAGCAAUGGAUAUGUGUUUCGAUGGUCUUUGGUGGUUUGUCAUAUCAGAUUUAUCUUAAAUGGAGAAAGUUGCAGAGAGUGGAGAAGAAGAAGCAAAAGAGUUGAAGAAUGGAUCUGUUUUCUCUAAUUAUUUUUCAGUUAUUUGUUAGUUGUUUAUAUUUCUUCCUUUUGUCUCUAGCAUACAGUGAAUCUCAAACCAGAUUAGUCAAACUGUAAAACUAGUGAUUAACCACCACAUAUGGUAACAUUACUAAUUACAUCAAAUACAUGAUUUGAAUUUUGGGAA